UUUAAGAAUUUACAAUGCAAUGAUACGAGUAGUAUUUUUAUGAAUUUAGGAACGUAAUGUAAAAACCAAAGAUAUCUUUUCCAAUAAGUUUUGGAAUACAAUGGACAUCUUUUUCAAUUUCGGAACGCAAUUUGAGUAGUUUGCGAUUGUUCCGAGAGGGGUCUCUAUAAACUCUUCUGGCACUUUGAAAAUUCAAAUGCGAGGGAAAUGUCAGUUACUGACUGGCAUCGUGAAAUGUGUUAUGUCGGAAUAUGCUUGUAACAAUGGAAUAAAUUUUUUCGUUGCUAUUUUCUGACACAUUUAUCACGUUUCAGAAUUGUGUGCAUCAAUAUUCAUAUUUGUGUUGUAUAAUUGACAUAUACUAUUCAUGAUGAAUACUUCAUCUAAAAAGUUAACGAUAAAAGUACCUACUGAGUACAAAGAAGCUGUUGAAAAUACAAUACAUAAGAUGCUGGAACAUGUUGCCACUAGGGAUAGAAGUUAUCAAUGGAAGCUUGAAGAUUUUGAUAUUGGAGCACCUCUAGGACGAGGAAAAUUUGGUCGCGUAUAUCUUGCAAGAGAGAAAACUACUCAGUACAUGGUUGCCUUGAAGAUAUUAUACAAAGUUGAACUAACAAGAGGACGUGUGGAGAAACAAGUGAUGCGAGAAAUUGAAAUACAAUCACAUUUGAAACAUCCACAUAUUCUUCAAUUGUUAACAUAUUUUCAUGACAAAAAAAGAAUCUAUUUAGUGUUGGAAUUUGCAGCGAGAGGUGAAUUAUAUAAAGAAUUGAAACGUCAACCAAAUGAGAGAUUCAAUGAGCACUUAUCUGCCAAGUAUACUUAUCAAGUGGCUGAUGCUCUGGAGUAUUGUCACAGACACAAUGUGAUUCAUAGAGAUAUAAAACCUGAGAAUCUGUUGCUUACAUAUAACGGAGAUAUAAAACUUGCAGAUUUUGGAUGGUCUGUACAUGCACCAUCCUCAAAACGAGACACAUUGUGCGGAACAUUGGAUUACUUACCACCGGAAAUGAUAAUGGGACAAACUUAUGAUUUUUAUGUUGAUCAUUGGUGCUUAGGAAUUCUUUGUUACGAGUUUCUCACGGGACAACCCCCUUUUCUAAGUAACUCCACCCAAGAAACAUACACGAAGAUAAAAACUAUAAAUAUAUUAUGGCCGGAACAGAUCAAACCUGCAGCCAAAGAUCUUAUAUCUAAGUUAAUUAAGAAGAAAAGUUCGGAGCGAAUUUCCUUGGCUGAAGUCAAGAGACAUCCCUGGAUCAUAGAACACAAAGAUUCGCCUAAACCGAGAGCUUAAACUGGAAGGGAUAUUAAUCUUUAUUGAUGUAAGCGUAUGUUUUAUCUGUGACGUUUUUAUUGUAAUCUUUUUUUCUUUAAAAUAAAGUAUAAUAGAAUU